AUGGACUCAGGAAGAAAUGUAAAUGCAUACGGAACAGAUGGAAGAAUCCACCAAUUAGAAUACGCAAUGAAGGCAGCAUCACUAGGUACGACUACAAUAGGUGUAAAGGUAGACACAGGAGUGGUUGUCGUCUCAGAAAAGAAGAUUGUCACAGGACUACAGAUCCCAGAAAGUGUAAAAAAGCAUCACUUAGUCUACGAGCACUGUGGAUUUGCAUUCUCAGGGCUAAGUGGUGAUGCCCGUACGAUUAUUUCUAAGGCCAGGGAUAAUGCAAUUAACCACAAAUUCAUAUACAAUGAAAAAAUACCAGUAGAAGGCGUAGCACAGUUUCUUUCUUCAAUUGCCUUAAACUUCUCAUCAGAUAACUCAGCAAACAAGAUAUUCAGUAGACCAUUCGGUAUAUCUAUUUUAGUCCCAGGGUACGACGCAGAACCAAGACUAUUUUCACUAGAUGCCUCCGGGUCAUACAGAGACUACAAGGCAAAGGCAAUUGGGUCAGCCGCAGAGGCAGUCACAACAGAACUAGAGAAUACGUAUAAUAAAGAGAAGUCCAUUGAGGAGACAAUUUGCAGUACCCUUCUUCUGCUAAAAUCAGUUAUGAAGGAUCCAAUUAACAAAUACAACUGUGAGGUAAUGGUAUGCAGGAAGGAAGGUGUAGAAUUACUGGACACAGACAGAAUUGAAGAGUACCUGAAUAAAUAA